UAAUUUAUAUGGAUUUGUAAGCAUUCCACACUCUUUGUUAAUGGAGGUUACAAACAAAUUCAUAGCCAUAAAGGCUACAAUAGAUGGUGAACCACAAGAAGGUGAUUUUGAGCUCAAGAUCCAACCGUUUUCCCUAUCGGUUAAGCCUGGAUCCAACGAUGUUAUCAUUAAGAAUCUUUAUGUCUCAAUUGACCCGUAUCAGAUUAACCGUAUGAAGACCGUUAGUUCUUCUCAAAAAGCUUCAAAGUUUUCCACACGAAUAGCUCCCGGUGAGGUGAUUGAUGCUUAUGGUGUGGGAAAAGUAGUAGCUUCCGGGAAUCCUAAAUUUGAAAAGGAUGACUAUGUUGUGGGCCUUCUAAGCUGGGGAGAGUAUAGCAUAUCACACGGGUUCAUGCUAAGUAAACUGGACCCAAUGGGCUUCCCAUUGUCGUACCAUGUUGGGCUUUUAGGGCUUAGUGGGCUUACUGCUUAUACUGGGCUCUUUGAAAUAUGUAAGCCCAAGAAGGGUGAAAAGGUUUUCGUUUCAGCUGCUUCUGGAUCUGUAGGAAACUUGGUGGGCCAAUAUGCUAAAACUUUAGGGUGUUAUGUUGUGGGUUGUGCAGGGAGCCCCGAUAAGGUGAAAUUGCUUAAAGAAAAACUCGGAUUUGACCAAGCGUUUAACUAUAAAGAAGAAACCGAUCUAAAUGCUACACUUGAGAGGUAUUUCCCAGACGGGAUUGACGUAUACUUUGAUAACGUGGGAGGCGAGAUGUUGGAAGCAGCAAUAUCAAACAUGAAUUUGUACGGUAGGGUUGCACUUUGUGGAGUCAUUUCAGAAUACACGGAUGUUGGAAAACGUGCAACACCAAAUAUGAUGGAUGUUAUAUAUAAGCGAAUCAUGAUUCGGGGGUACUUAGCCGGUGAUUAUAUGCAUUUGUUUCCCGAGUUUAUCUCUACAACCAUUGAUCACCUAAGUACGGGCAAAAUGCUUGUGCUUGAAGAUAUUUCAAUCGGUCUAGAAAGUGUUCCUUCAGCUUUUAUUGGACUCUUUCGCGGGUAUAAUGUUGGGAAGAAAAUUGUUCAAGUUUCCGAUGAUUUAGGAGAUAAGUAAUUGUUUCCUUUUUCUUAACAAUCCGAUUCCCAUUGAUUGUCUCGUUGAUUAUGAAUGUUCCCAUUGAUUAUAUAAAAGUACUAGUGGUAAUACCCGUGAACUUCACGGGGCAGAAUAAAUAAUAUGUUCUCAAAUCAUAAAA